UCCGCGAGCCUCAACCUGCGCGCUGCGGGUCUGGAGGAGCCUAGCGGAGCAGAGCGUUGCGAACGCGAGAGCAGAGGGAAGGCGGGGGAGGGAGGAGGUGAAGGGAGUGGUUGCUUGCUGGGCUGCCGCAGCCUCGGCUCUCACUAGCGGCGCGGACGCCUCCUCCAGCGCCUCGAGGAGGAAAGAUGCCCUUUACCCGGGGCUGUAAAGAAGAGGGAGAAGUCGCUUCUGGAGUCGCCCUCGCUGCCGUUGCCGCAGCUGCCGCCGUUUGUUUCUUGUAAAUUCAGAACAAUCACCCCCCUUCACCAGGGGCGUCUGGACCCUCCUGCGCGACAGCCUUGUUGAAGGCAACAGGGAGACCCGGCUCUUGGCCCGCGCGGCCCGGCCGACGACCGACCACCGACAUGGAGUGGGCUCGCGCGGCCAAGUAGCUGCAGAUACGGGAGCCUGCGUCCCAGACCUUGGCCGCGCCACCAGCCAGGCCCCUGGGAGAAGAGGUGGUGGUGGUGGGGGCGGUGAGUUUUCAUUGGAAUCCGUUGGAAAUAGGAAAAACGGCACAGCCUUAACUAGCAAGACGUCGGGGAGGAAAAAGGAAAGGCGUCCUUGGGGCAAGACUUGGCGUGCUUUGGAGGGCCUGCUUCGGAACCUCGCCCCCUUUCCUUCCCUCCGGAGAAAUUGCCACUGAUGCAUUAUCCAAGCGGUGGCUGGGAGAAUUUGCAGCAGAAUUUUUGGUUUUCCCUCUCCCAUAUAUAAUCUUGUUUUUUCCCUCCGUGUUCUACUUUUCUUCCCGGGAAGUGAAUUGCUGAUUCAAAUAGGACUUUAUUCAUUAAUGAAGCAGCCGGAUUAAUUUCAGGAUUAUGUUGCAUCAGUUGAAUUUUGAAUGAAGAAGAGGUUUUUUUUUUUUUUUAAAGAAGUGUUGGUUUUUGGUCCACUGUACUUUUAGUAAUUAUUAUUUAAAUAUAUGUUUUAAUUAUGUUCGUGAAAAAUGUAUAAAAUAUAUAUUUUAUGGGACCUUUCCUCAAACUAUAUAUAUGUGAAAUUGAAUAUGCUUCCGUUAAGUGAGGUUACUGAUGUGUUGGAUGUUUAAUUCAGCACCAGCAUUGCAAUGACAGUUGUUUAAAUAAUAAGUGGUUUAUUUUUGAAACCGCACCUUUUAAGACUUAGGUCCAAAGAAUAAUCGUUAAUAACAAUAAUAAUUUAAAAGAACACCAGCAGCAGUGAAAGCCAACAUGUCUGGAGAAGUGCGUUUGAGGCAGUUGGAGCAGUUUAUUUUGGAUGGGCCCGCUCAGACCCAUGGGCAGUGCUUCAGUGUUGAGACCUUGCUGGAUAUACUCAUCUGCCUUUAUGAUGAAUGCAGUAAUUCUCCAUUGAGAAGAGAGAAGAACAUUCUCGAAUACCUAGAAUGGGCCAAACCAUUUACUUCUAAAGUGAAACAGAUGCGAUUACAUAGAGAAGAUUUUGAAAUAUUAAAGGUGAUUGGCCGAGGAGCAUUUGGGGAGGUUGCUGUAGUAAAACUAAAAAAUGCAGAUAAAGUAUUUGCCAUGAAAAUAUUGAAUAAAUGGGAAAUGCUGAAAAGAGCCGAGACAGCAUGUUUUCGAGAAGAGAGGGAUGUACUAGUGAAUGGAGACAACAAAUGGAUUACAACUUUGCAUUAUGCUUUCCAGGAUGACAAUAACUUAUAUCUAGUUAUGGAUUAUUAUGUUGGUGGGGAUUUGCUUACUCUGCUCAGCAAAUUUGAAGAUAGAUUGCCUGAAGAGAUGGCUCGAUUUUACUUGGCUGAGAUGGUGAUAGCAAUUGAUUCAGUUCAUCAGCUACACUAUGUACACAGGGACAUUAAACCUGACAAUAUAUUGAUGGACAUGAAUGGACAUAUUCGGUUAGCAGACUUUGGUUCUUGUCUAAAGCUGAUGGAAGAUGGAACGGUCCAGUCCUCAGUAGCUGUUGGAACCCCAGAUUAUAUCUCUCCUGAAAUUCUACAAGCAAUGGAAGAUGGAAAAGGCAAAUAUGGACCAGAAUGUGAUUGGUGGUCUUUGGGAGUCUGUAUGUAUGAAAUGCUUUAUGGAGAAACACCAUUUUAUGCAGAAUCUCUGGUGGAGACAUAUGGAAAAAUCAUGAAUCACAAAGAGAGAUUUGAGUUUCCAGCUCAAGUAACUGAUGUUUCAGAAAAUGCUAAGGAUCUUAUCCGAAGGCUCAUUUGUAGCAGAGAACAUAGACUUGGUCAAAAUGGAAUAGAAGAUUUUAAGAAACACCCAUUUUUCAGUGGCAUUGACUGGGAUAAUAUUCAAAACUGUGAAGCACCUUAUAUUCCAGAAGUUAGCAGCCCAACAGAUACAUCAAAUUUUGAUGUGGAUGAUGAUUGUUUAAAGAAUUCUGAAACAAUGCCUCCACCAACACAUACUGCAUUUUCUGGGCACCAUCUGCCAUUUGUUGGUUUUACAUAUACUAGUAGCUGUGUUCUAUCUGAUCGGAGCUGUUUAAGAGUUACAGCUGGUCCCACCUCCCUGGAUCUUGAUGUUAAUGUCCAGAGAACUCUAGAUAACAACUUAGCAACUGAAGCUUAUGAAAGAAGAAUUAAGCGCCUCGAACAGGAAAAGCUUGAACUUAGUAGAAAGCUCCAAGAGUCAACACAGACUGUUCAAGCUCUACAGUAUUCAACUGUUGAUGGACCACUAACAGCAAGCAAAGAUUUAGAAAUAAAAAACCUAAAAGAAGAAAUUGAAAAACUAAGGAAACAAGUAACAGAAUCAAGUCAUUUGGAAGAACAACUUGAAGAAGCUAAUUCUGUGAGGCGAGAACUCAAUGAUGCUUUUAGACAAAUCAAGGCUUAUGAAAAACAAAUCAAAAUGUUACAACAAGAAAGGGAAGAUCUAAAUAAGGAACUAGUCCAGGCUAGUGAGCGAUUAAAAAACCAAUCCAAAGAGCUGAAAGACGCACACUGCCAGAGGAAACUGGCCAUGCAGGAAUUCAUGGAGAUCAAUGAGCGACUAACAGAAUUGCACACCCAAAAACAGAAACUUGCUCGCCAUGUCCAAGAUAAGGAAGAAGAGGUGGACCUGGUGAAACAAAAAGUUGAAAGCUUAAGGCAAGAACUGCGCAGAACAGAAAGAGCCAAAAAAGAGCUGGAAGUUCAUACAGAAGCUCUAACUGCUGAAGCAUCUAAAGACAGGAAGCUGCGUGAGCAGAGCGAGCACUAUUCAAAGCAACUGGAGAAUGAAUUGGAGGGACUGAAGCAGAAACAAAUUAGCUAUUCACCAGGAGUAUACAGCAUAGAACAUCAGCAAGAGAUAACCAAACUGAAGACUGAUUUGGAAAAGAAAAGCAUCUUUUAUGAAGAGGAAAUAUGUAAAAGAGAAGGAAUACAUGCAAAUGAAAUGAAAAAUCUGAAGAAAGAACUGCAUGAUUCAGAAGGCCAGCAACUUGCUCUCAACAAAGAAAUUAUGAUUUUGAAAGACAAAUUGGAAAAGACCAGGAGAGAGAGUCAAAGUGAAAGGGAAGAAUUUGAAAAUGAGUUCAAGCAACAGUAUGAACGAGAAAAAGUAUUACUAACUGAAGAAAAUAAAAAGCUGACAAGUGAACUUGAUAAGCUUACCACUUUGUAUGAAAACUUAAGUAUGCACAAUCAGCAAUUAGAAGAAGAAGUAAAAGAUCUGGCAGACAAGAAAGAGUCAGUUGCACAUUGGGAGGCCCAAAUCACAGAAAUAAUUCAGUGGGUCAGUGAUGAAAAGGAUGCACGAGGUUAUCUUCAGGCCUUAGCCUCUAAAAUGACUGAAGAAUUGGAAUCGUUAAGAAAUUCCAGCCUGGGUACACGGACAACAGAUAUGCCCUGGAAGAUGCGUCGUUUUGCAAAACUGGACAUGUCAGCUAGAUUGGAGUUGCAGUCAGCUCUAGAUGCAGAAAUAAGAGCCAAACAGACCAUUCAAGAAGAGCUGAAUAAAGUUAAAGCAUCUAACAUCAUAACUGAGUGUAAACUAAAAGAUUCAGAGAAGAAGAACUUGGAACUACUAGCAGAAAUGGAACAACUAAUAAAGGACACUGAAGAACUUAGAUCUGAAAAGGCUAGCAAAGGCAGACGUACUGUAGACUGUACUCCACUCCACACUCCAACCUUAAGGAAAAAGGGAUGUCCUGGCUCAACUGGCUUUCCACCCAAGCGCAAGACUCAUCAAUUUUUUGUAAAAUCAUUUACUACUCCUACAAAAUGUCAUCAGUGUACCUCAUUGAUGGUUGGUUUGAUAAGACAGGGCUGUUCAUGUGAAGUGUGUGGAUUCUCGUGUCAUAUAACUUGUGUAAACAAAGCUCCAACCACUUGUCCAGUUCCUUCUGAACAGACAAAAGGUCCCCUGGGUAUAGAUCCACAGAAAGGAAUAGGAACCGCAUAUGAAGGUUACAUCAGGAUGCCAAAGCCAGCUGGAGUGAAGAAAGGAUGGCAGAGAGCAUUGGCUGUAGUCUGUGACUUCAAACUCUUUCUUUAUGAUGUUGCUGAAGGAAAAGCAUCUCAGCCCAGUGUUAUAGUCAGCCAGGUGAUUGACAUGAGGGAUGAAGAAUUUUCCGUGAGUUCAGUCUUGGCUUCCGAUGUUAUUCACGCAAGUCGAAAAGAUAUACCCUGUAUAUUUAGAGUCACAGCUUCCCAGUUCUCCGCAUCUAAUAGCAAGUGUUCAAUCCUGAUGCUAGCUGAUAGUGAGAAUGAGAAGAGUAAGUGGGUGGGAGUGCUGAGCGAAUUGCACAAGAUUUUGAAGAAAAACAAAUUCAGAGACCGCUCAGUCUAUGUUCCCAAAGAGGCUUAUGACAGUACUCUACCCCUCAUUAAAACAACACAGGCAGCUGCAAUCAUAGAUCAUGAAAGAAUAGCUCUGGGAAAUGAAGAAGGAUUAUUUGUUGUGCAUGUCACCAAAGAUGAAAUUGUUAGAGUUGGUGACAAUAAGAAGAUUCAUCAGAUUGAACUCAUUCCAAGUGAUCAGCUUGUUGCUGUGAUCUCAGGACGAAAUCGUCAUGUACGACUUUUUCCCAUGUCAGCUUUGGAUGGUAGGGAGACUGAUUUUUACAAACUAACAGAAACUAAAGGGUGUCAAGCCAUAACUUCUGGAAAGGUACGUCAUGGAGCUCUUACAUGCCUGUGUGUGGCUAUGAAAAGGCAAGUCCUCUGUUAUGAACUAUUUCAGAGCAAGACCCGUCACAGAAAAUUUAAGGAAAUUCAAGUGCCGUAUAAUGUCCAGUGGAUGACCAUCUUCAGUGAACAACUCUGUGUGGGAUUCCAGUCAGGAUUUCUAAGAUACCCCUUGAAUGGAGAAGGAAGCCCAUUCAGUAUGCUGCAUUCAAAUGACCACACCCUUUCAUUUAUUGCACAUCAACCCACGGAUGCUAUUUGCGCAGUUGAGAUCUCAAGUAAAGAAUAUCUGCUGUGUUUUAGCAGCAUUGGGAUAUACACUGACUGCCAGGGCCGAAGAUCUAGGCAGCAAGAAUUGAUGUGGCCAGCAAAUCCUUCCUCUUGUUGUUACAACGCACCAUAUCUCUCAGUGUAUAGUGAAAAUGCGGUUGAUGUUUUUGAUGUGAACUCCAUGGAAUGGAUUCAAACUCUCCCUCUCAAAAAGGUUCGACCCUUAAACAGUGAAGGAUCAUUAAAUCUUUUAGGAUUGGAGACAAUUAGAUUAAUAUAUUUCAAAAAUAAGAUGGCAGAAGGGGAUGAACUGGUAGUUCCUGAAACAUCCGAUAGCAGUCGGAGACAAAUGGUGAGAAACACAAAUAAUAAGCGGCGUUAUUCCUUCAGAGUCCCAGAAGAGGAAAGGAUGCAACAAAGGAGAGAGAUGCUACGAGAUCCAGAAAUGAGAAACAAAUUAAUUUCUAACCCAACUAAUUUUAACCACAUAGCACACAUGGGUCCAGGAGAUGGAAUACAGAUUCUAAAAGAUCUGCCCAUGAACCCUCGUCCUCAGGAAAAUCGGACGGUGUUCAGUGGCUCAGUCAGUAUUCCAUCUAUCACCAAGUCCCGCCCAGAGCCAGGACGCUCCAUGAGCGCUAGCAGUGGCCUGUCAGCAAGAUCUGCUGCACAGAAUGGCAGUGCCCUAAAGAGGGAAUUCUCUGAAGGAAGCUACAGCGCAAAGCAGCAGCCCCUGCCUUCCCCGUCGGAAGGCUCACUGUCUUCUGGAGGCAUGGACCAAGGGAGCGACACCUUGGCGAGGGACUAUGAUGGGGAGGACUCUGACUCUCCGAGGCAUUCUACAGCUUCCAACAGCUCCAACCUGAGCAGCCCUCCCAGCCCAGUUUCACCCAGAAAGACCAAGAGUCUCUCUCUGGAGAGCGCUGACCGUGGAAGCUGGGACCCAUGAG